CCCACGUGACCCAAACAUGGCCGCUUAGCAACCGGUUGACGUAUACAGACGCGGCGCGCUAACGAGCUGGUUCACGAAGUAGCGCCCUAGCCGACGAGAAUAUUCUGCUUUCUAGCUGUGGAAAGGAUGGCGGAAGAAGAAGACAGAACGGAAAAGUCGGACAGAAUGACACGAGAAGAAUUCCCGCUUCAUGAAAUGGAGAACAGCUCGGCGUCGAGUGGGGUUUCAGAAGCGCGUGCGGACUUCUCAACAGCAGCUGCAGCAUUAGAGACACGAGAAACAGGCGAGCCUGAGAUUCCAGCUGUCCAUGUCCUCUCAGACAUCAUUAUUCAGAGAUAUGAAGGAGGGAGGUGUGGAGAGUUGUUCCAUGGAGAAGGAGUUGCCUACUUUAGGGGUGGACAUGAAUACAAGGGAAGCUUUGUAGAUGGCUUUAUGCAUGGUCAUGGAGUAUACACAUGGGCAGACGGUUUAAAGUAUGAGGGGGACUUUGAAUCAAAUGCUCCUAUGGGACAUGGGAUAUACACAUGGUUAGACUGUAGCACCUAUGAGGGAGAGGUAUGCAAUGGCAUCUGCCAUGGCACUGGAACGUAUAUAUCUCCCAAAACCAGCACUAUAUACAGAGGGCAAUGGCACAAAGGCAAAAGACAUGGCAAGGGGACAAUGUACUACAAUCAAGAGGCAACCUCAUGGUACAAGGGGGAUUGGGAAAACAACCAAAGAGAAGGCUGGGGUAUGCGCUGCUAUCCGUCAGGAGACACAUAUGAAGGCCAGUGGAAGAACAGCAUCAGACAUGGAGAAGGAACAAUGAAAUGGAUUCAGCUGAGUCAGCAAUACAGUGGACAAUGGUUAAAUGGUUUUCAGCAUGGGCAUGGGACACACACAUGGUUUCUGCGGCGGGUUUUUGGCUCGCAGUACCCCCUCAGGAAUCAGUAUACUGGGGAAUUUGCACAAGGCGUGCGUCAUGGUCACGGAACAUUCAUCUAUGCAAGUGGAUCAGUUUAUUCUGGAUGUUGGAAGAAUAACAAAAAACAUGGUCAGGGAAAGUUUGUUUACAAAAAUGGUCGCAUAUACGAAGAGGAGUUUAUCGAUGACCGUAUGGCGGAAUUUCCAUCAUCCUCUAUUAUUUCACGUGCACUCGGUGGCUUACCUAGUAAACCUGAAGAGUCAGACGGUUAUGCCUCAUUACUUGGGCCUGACAUGGCUUUAAACAUAGAGACUCUAUUAAACCGAAUUCCUGAAGCACAAAGAAGGCAGGAGCUCAAACAGGUGGAAUUUGCCAUUAUGAGACAUAUUGAAUUGCUGAGGUCAAUAUACAGUCUGUACAGCAGCCUUGGACAUGAGAACUCUCCAGACAACACUUUCCUGCUCAGUCACCUACAAUUCUGCCGCUUUCUUAAGGACUGCAGUGUCCACCAGCAUGGAUUAACACUGGCACAGCUGGACCACCUUAUUAACCAAGACAUCUCUCCAGGGGAGAUUCAUACACCUUUUAGUAUGAUGUUUCUGAGAAAGUGGAUUAGUUGUAUUGUCAUUGCAGCAUACCAUAUUUACCACAGAGACUUAGAGUCCUCUAGCAAUGUACUUGCAGCAUGCUUUUCCAAGCUCAUGAGGCAGAACAUCAUUCCCAAUGCCAAGAAUGUAAAAGGGCCUCUUUACUGCCACCCUCUUCGUGCUGUGAUUGGCAAGAACUAUACUGAUAGAUGCUGGGAUAUAUACCAGACUGUCCCUAAAGUCAGCUCAGCUGCCAUCUCUGACAUCAUGAGUGCCAGGCACUUCAUCUGGAUGUUUAAGGUUCUUGGUCUCUUUGGCCAUACACUAACCACAACAAGAUUACUGGAGAUCCUUUCACAAGAAAAUCCUGCAAUCUACAGUUCUGCUCACAGUAACCUGGAUUUGGAGAUCACUUUUCUUGAGUUCUUUGAGGCUCUGCUGGGUUGUGCUGAAGUGAAGAACACACAUGGAGUUGGAACUGCACAACCCAGACAGUGCGAUUUGGGUUAUCAUGAUGAGACGACUUCAGAAGAUCAGAUGAAAAACAGCCCUAUUAUGAUCCAGUUGGCUUCUCCUCAGGAGUACGAGUCAACAGUGCUGUCCUCAAGCACCAUCAUUUCAUCAGCUUCCACCAGCAUAAAAUCCCUUGAGGAAUUUAAAUCCAAGGCACCAACACAGUCAUCCCUAAGUGAAGAAAUACAACUUAACGAUCAGGGAAUUGACCUAUCUAAGUCGGCUGUUACAAACACAUCAGAGAUGGAAUUGCACAAACAGACUACAAGCAGUGUGUUGGUCAAAUACACACAAGUGACCAAGCCACCAAGUUUAAGCACAGGGGUUGAAGAGGGGCAACUGGAAGACCAGCUGAAGAACUGGAUCAAUCUUGUUCACCAGUUCUUUACACACACAUUCUUCCCAGUGUAUGAACACAGCUUGGUGUUGAAAAAGGAGCUGCAAGAGGAACGACAAAGACAAACCACAGACAACAGAAUCACUCUUGAAAAGGCCAAGGCGAACGCUAAACUAAGAGAGCAGCAGAGGGCAGAAGAAGAGGAGAUAUCCAAAGAAAAAGAGGAGGAAGAUGCCGAGGAAUGUCAUGUCUUAAUUGACCUGAACAAUUCAUCUGCAGCUCUGAAGCAAUCACCCACAAACAAGAAGAAAAAGAGGAAAUAA